UUUUUACACCUUAAUUUUCACUACAAAUGUUUAGUGCUCUAUAAGUGCAUUCAUUUGCUUUCGCCAUCAUUACACUGUUUCAAGUACACACGCAUACAUUUACAAUUUUACAGUGAGGAGAAACAGUUUCUUCUCCUUGGAGAUGGAGACUCUCAUCGAACGGGUGCGUUCACGGUGUUGUGCACCAGGUUUCUGAAAGUUGGCCAUGAAGCAACAACCGCAAGUGACAGUACCGUGCCGUCAGAUUCUGUUUUGAGCGGAUUUGAAUUUCGAUGUGCGCAAUUUCGACUCAGUAAUUAGGAUUGUAUUAUAUUUUUAACUUCAAACUUUACAUAAUUUACAAGUUGUAAUGAAACGACGCGAAAAGUUUCAAAGUGAGAAUGGUUUUGAAGAGUGGGGCGAUUAUAUGGGUGCGAAAAUAUCCAAACUGGAAGAGCAGUUUCGACAAUCGGCCGCUAGUACGGAAAUCAAACUUUCGGAUUUAUUUGCUGGUAUAUCGAUAUUUGUCAAUGGCUACACAAAACCUUCCGCCGAUGAAUUGAAGCGUCUUAUGAUGCAACACGGAGGAACCUUCCAUCAUUACAAACGUCCGACGACUACGUACGUUAUAGCGUCGAAUCUUCCUGAUGUUAAAGUAAAAUCUAUCACAUCGGAGAUCAUCAUCAGUCCAGAGUGGGUGCUGGACUGUAUAAAAUCGAUGCGAAUUGUGGAUUACAAGAAAUAUUUGCUAUACACCAACCACAAACCAUCCCAGCCGAAGUUGCUGUUUGGACGGGUUGAUCGGAACUUGGACAUCCAGAAGCCAUCAGUUAAGCCCGACGACAAGAACGAUAUCAGCAAAGAAGAUGUUUUGAAUUUAAUGAGUAAGCUAUGUGAGCUUAACGAGAAAAUUAAAGAAACUGUUGAACAGGAAAGUAGCGAUCAAACGCAGCAAUCGACAUCUACAGACCUGGACAAUACAAAAAGUACACCAGUAAAAGAAUCUCCUGAAAUGUUUGAAGAUGAAGCAGCAAAUAAAACCAGUUCGUACACUAAACAAAACCUUGCCGGCUCGCAUGAGUCCGAAUCUUUAGGCAAAAUCGCAAGGACUACGAAAGCAUCACUUACGGCCACUGAUCCGAACUUUCUCCAAGAAUUCUUCAACAAUUCACGAUUGCACCACAUAGCUACACUUGGAGCAGGUUUCAAACAGUACAUAGGAGAGUUGCGAGAAUCACACACCGGGACUUUUCCAGAACGAGUAACGUUACAGACUUUAGCACGCGAGUCGAAUGAAUUCGGUACACGUGGUCCUUAUGUUAUGCACAUCGAUAUGGAUUGCUUCUUCGUAUCAGUUGGACUUCGCCAGUAUCCACAACUUCGUGGACAUCCGGUUGCGGUUACACAUUCGAAGGGUUCCGAAGCUGGUAAAGUACAAUCCCGUCCCGGACAAAAUCGAUCCUUGGAGAUUGAAUUGUACCAGAAACGACUGAUGGAGCAUCACAAGACUCCAGAUAUUCCAUACGAGUCACGACUGUUGAACAUUGAUGAUAACAACUCGAUGUCGGAAAUUGCGUCCUGCAGUUACGAAGCGCGGAAGAUGGGCGUCAAGAAUGGGAUGUUUGUCGGUUCGGCGUUAAAACUUUGUCCCGAUCUGAAGACGAUUCCGUAUAAUUUCGACGGCUACAAGGAAGUUGCGUUCACCCUCUACAAUACCAUUGCCAAGUACACCUUGAACAUUGAAGCUGUCAGCUGUGACGAAAUGUUCGUAGAUCUGACGGAGCUCAUCAGCAGCACCGGAGUGAAUGUGAUGGAUUUUGUGAGUUUCGUACGAAUGCAGAUCAAAGAAACGACCGGAUGUCCCUGCUCCGCUGGCGUAGGAGCUAAUCGUUUGCAGGCUCGUAUGGCUACUAAGAAGGCAAAACCAGACGGCCAGUACUAUCUAGCGCAGGACACCGUUCUUGAGUACAUGCAAGACAUUUCGAUUACAGAUUUGCCCGGUAUAGGACCUAGUACUGCUCAUCGGUUGAAACAGCUUUCUUGUGGAACCUGUGGGGAUCUACAGAAAAUUUCCGGCAGCAUUCUUCAGCGAGAAUUUGGCAAAAAGAUUGGAGAUACCAUUUAUCAUGCUUGUCGCGGUAUAGACGAACGACCUUUGGUUUACGAACAAGUUCGAAAAUCAGUUUCUGUUGAUGUUAAUUACGGCAUCCGGUUCAAGGAUGAUGUCGAGGUAGAACGUUUCAUGAAACAGUUGUCUGCAGAAAUUCACAAACGACUGCAAGAUAUCAAAAAGCGAGGUAAACUUAUUACAGUUAAACUUCUUGUUCGGUCACCAGAGGCGCCGGUAGAAACGGCAAAGUUUAUGGGACACGGUCUUUGUGACAUAAUUACAAAAUCUCACCCACUGAAAGAAUAUACUUCUGAUUUGACUGUCAUAGAAAAAUCGGUUCUUUCGCUUGUGAAAUUGAUUGCGGCUCCGCCGCACGAGCUUCGAGGCAUUGGGUUGCAAAUAUCAAAAUUUGAGGAAGUUAAAUCGUUUCCUGAGUCGAAGAAUACCUUGAAAAUGAUGUUUCAAAGAGUUGAAGCCAAACAGGAAACUAUUGAAAAGGAGUCAGUUAAUUUGUGUACCGAUAAAAUCGAAACAUCGCCGAUCAAGCAGAUUUCGCCGAAAAAGGAAACAAUUCCUGUCGCAACGCCAGGUUCAAUUCCAUCAACGACGGACAUGCCGCCAAAAUCGUCAACCGUAAAACCUAAGACUUCAGUACCUAGACACGGUAAAGCAAAAGGUAGACCGCCAAAGUGUGCAACGUUUAGCAAAUCCAAACAAAACAACGAUAUGAUUCGAUUUCUGCAGGAAGCUAAAAUGAAACCGAAAGAGGAACCGAUUCCUGAAGGUAUUGACCCCGAAGUCUUGGCUGCACUUCCUGCCGACAUCCGUGCCGAAGUGAUUAAAGAUUAUCGAUAUCAAGCGAACAAAAAGAAUUGUGACAGUCAACCCUCGAACAAGAAAAUUCCACAACCGUCAACAUCGUCAAAACCGGUUCUGGAAACUGGGUCGCUUCCAAAAUCCGAAAAGAUAACGGUCGACGUGAAAUUCCUUGAAGCACUUCCACCUGAUUUACGUCAGGAAGUGGAGAAGCAAAUCGAGUUACAGAAAGACACAAUGCUUGUGACCAGUACAGAACCCGAGUUCUACGAACGUCUACAGGUCACUCCGGAAGCAAGUCCAGUUAAAUCUGGCUCGGAAAUGUCGCCAUGUAUUGCACCACCUCCUGCUGAAACCGGUCAAAAUGACAUCGAGUCCGAUAACAUUCUACUGCGUUCCGAUUGGCGUACUCUACUAACGGCAUGGAUCGAAAGCGCCGAUAAACCGGAAGAGGUAGACAUCGAUAUGAUUGCCGCCAACGCUAGUCAGCUGAUCGAAAGGAAAAAACUUUAUGAGCUGCACCUUAGGCUGCGAUUCUUUUUCAGAGUUUUAGAUGCACGUAAACUAUGCAGUUGGCAUAGUGCGUACUUUCGGAUUGUAACUUCUGCGCAGCUUGCUAUGCGAGAAGCUUAUCGGAGCAAACUUGCCGUGCGGAGUGACUUUGAUUGUUCCAACAAGGAUUGCUGCAAGCUAUUUCAAUAAAGGUCGUGGGUAAUAUGAGAUUUACAAUACCCGAACGAGCAUAUUGUUGUGUUGUUGUAAUGAAACAAAAUGUUUUCAAAAAACGAUAUAUGUUAAAAACUGUA